CUCCUAACAGAAACAAAGAGGGCCGAUCCAGGCGCCAUGCUUCCCAUCAGAGGUCCUCAACUGAUCACGAUGCCAAUAGGACUUAUGUCGGGGUUGGUGCUGACAGGUAUAUUACGCCGCACUAUGAGGGUUCCGCUUCCUAUGAUGCACUUCAACAGGGUCCUACAUCGAUUGAUCAUCACAAAUCUGAAUCAUAUGGCGGCUCGUCGAUGUGGUCGACCCAGGGUAUGGCCUCUUCGGACCCCAUGGCGACGCAGGCUCCUGUGAUUACCUCGUCCGGACAAAGUCAGGGUUCAACUGGCUAUGCUUAUCUUUCAAGUCCUACCAGCGCUAGCUACCAGCCACAGCAGAGCGAUUACGACAACAUCAACUUCAGUGGAAUUGGUGGCCACCUUAAGAAGUUUGCGGAACCCUCUGGAAAGUCCAAACAUCAAGCAAACUCUGAUCCUCUGAUCUACGGGGCUGCUACCCACGAAGCCACCUUCACGACAUCUCCAGAGCAGACAACGCAGUCAAUGUCCGACUCGAUGGAGAUACAGGUGGGCUCGCCGCCCCGUUCAAUUUCGCUUGAUAAUUACAGAGGCGACUCGCGGGGAUCCAGUACACAGAGCCUUGGUCGACAGCCCCACCAGUAUCAAAGCAUCGCCAGCACGACAAAUCCGGUCCAAUCCGCGCAGAUGCCAGCACCCGGCACCUCAUCAAGUAACAGAGAAGAUGGAGCGCAAUACUGGGCUGGCGAAAGAUGGUCCAUGGCACAGACUACACAAAUACAUGUUCGCCAGCGUUCCCAGCGGAGCACUGAUCAAUAUCCACCAUCAUCUUUCGCUUAUCAGCCAAGCGAAGGGAGCCACAACGUGUCGGUAUCUUCUUCCAGAGGGCCAGCCUUUCAGGAACAGACUGAAGAGCAACAAAUGCCCUCGCCUAGUCAUGCCAACACCCAGGACGCCAUGGUAGGCUACCGUACGGGACAACGAUCAUCCCAAGGCUAUCAACACUCGGCCUCUGGGUACUCGACUGCCUACGCUCCUGGUUCUGCGGAUGGUUCUCAGCGAUUUUACAACACGCAGCAACAUGCUUUUGCUUAUUCUCCCCAGCCCGAUUCGAAAGACCCUCAGGGCGAUAAUUACCAGUCCUAUUAUCAAGUGCGACGCUAGGGAAAGGUACAGAUAUUAUCAUCGUACCUUCUAUUCUCUUCUGAUCAAUUUGUCUCCAACUUUCUAGCGUUUCCCUCAGCCUGGUGACAAUGUCCUUUCCUUUUUCUGGUCCUCCUUUCCUUCCUUUCCAAGUUUCUUAGUCCAGGUUGCUCUUCUCCCGUUGUUCAGAAGCAGAUUGUGAGAUUUGCACGCAUGAAUUUGUGCGGCAUUCGAUAGCUGCUCCAGUCGGAACACAGAAGUUCAUUCUGAUCGAAUGUGUGCGGGAGCCUCCAGAUUGUAUGAAAGCUUUCCAGACGGCAGUCCUGGCCAUGUCCUUCCUAUUUCUUCAUCCAUGUCUAAGCGCUCCUUCGUCGUUUUCAGAGCGCACUCCCUCCUCCCCUUUCAUCCGUCUUUCCCAUUCCAUCAUCUCUGCGUUAACCCAACUCAUUUAACCAGAUUGCUAAAUGGUAUUCCCCCUGCUUUCAAUUGUGCAGAGGCAGCCUGAGAAACAAACAAUCAAUCCUUUAUUCUUCUG